ACAGCAUGCAUCCCGAGUUCCAGCAACACAUCAAGCACAGCACAGCCAUGGCGGAAGAGCAGCAGCAGAAGGAGAGCCUCAGCAUCGUCGCCAGCCACGAGGAGGAGGCGAUCGACGUGGUGAACGAGGGAGGCAGCUUGCAGGUCACCGACGCAGGGGAAGCUUCCAAGAACAAGGACACUCCACUCAAUAAAUCAACCGAGGGAUCGGAGAAGAACAAGAAGCAGGUGGACGCUCUGAAGAAGAAGAUCGACAGGCUCAAGAAGGAGGUGAAGGGAAUAAAGACGGCGAUCAGGAAAGCCUUGUCAGAGAAACAGAAAAAGAAGAAGAAGAAGAAAACCAAGAUGGCAACGUCUCUGGGCUUGGCUAUCCGCAAGCUCAGGAAGAGUUCCUCGAGCUCUGAUUCAUCCGACUCGAGCUCCGAUUCCGACUCCAGCAGCUCUGACUCCACAUCUGGUCUCUCCAGACGCAACAAGAAGGGAGAUGAUUUUGAUAAAGAGUACCCUGAAACGAAGAAAUCAAAAGGAAGCAGGCAAAAGAAGAAGAAAUUGGUAGUUGGAAAGCUCAGUAAAAGCUCAAGCUCAAGUUCAAGCUCAAGCUCAAGCUCAAGCUCAAGCUCAAGUUCAAGCUCAAGCUCAAGUUCAAGCUCAAGCUCAAGUUCAUCUGACUCCAGCAAUAGCGAGGGAAUUGAUUCUGGAUCGGUAAGAAAAUUAAAAGGAAGGAAGCACAAGAAGAAGAAUUCGGGAAUUGUCAAGCAGAGGAGGAGUUUGAGAUCAAGUUCAAGCUCAAGCUCAAGCUCCAGCUCAUCUGACUCUAAAUCUAGUCACUCCAGCUGCAGCAAGGGAGGUGAGGUCCCUCAACUGAAAGCAGAGAAGCAAAAGAACAGGAAUCUGAAGCAGAAGAAAAUUGGCAUGGUCAAGAAGGAGGUGGCGAAGAAGCAUCGCAAGCACAAGAUCUCAGACUCCUCCUCCUCCUCCUCCGUCGGCGGACCCCGUCCCUGGCACAAGUCUGAGAAACAGAAGAAGAAGAAGAAGAAGAAGGAGCUGAUGAAGCAGAAGAAGGAAGCUGCAGUGGCCUAAAGGCCAUCAUCACAAAGGAAAAUAAUACAUAUAUGAUACUGAUAAAUAUCUAAAAUAAAGGGUGGCUAUGAGAAGUCCUGAGUGCAUAAAAUGAGCCACAUUGAGUGCUAUGUUGGUAUGUGAUGUAAUAAGUGGGUGGGUAAGCUGCCAUCUGAUGCUGCCUUGAUUGCUGUUCUAAGAGUCUGAAGCUGUCCUCCUGCCGUUAUGUAUGCAUUGCCACAAUAAUAUAUAUAUAUACAAGUCUGCACCUCA